UUUGUUACAGACGCGGACGAGAGAGCGGACGGACGUUCCCCACUUCCGGGCGCUUGUUGUGUCUUUUGAGUUAUUACAGAGCUGCACUAAGCUUAUUUCAACGCCUGAUUUUAUGUAUUGUUACCCAUGGUUUAGUUUUUUGUAGACUCAUUGGAAGAAAAGCAAUAGUUUAGGGAACAGCACUACUUUGUUUGCAAGCAACAUUUUACGAAAACCGUUACAAGCUCUCAGUUGCAGCCUAAUCUUUGGGGACACCGGGUGGUCUGAGAUAUGUCCACUAUGGAGCCACCACCAGUCGCCCUCAAGUGGGAUCCCAAGAACCUCGAGAUCAAAACACUCUCCGUGGAGAAAACUCUGGAGCCCCUGGUCAUACAGGUGACGACACUGGUAAACACGAAAGGACCAUCAAAAAAGAAGAAAGGCCGCUCAAAGCGGGCUCAUGUCCUGGUUGCUGCUGUAGAGCGGGCCACAGAGAACUUCAUCAAAAAGGGAGAAGAGAUUGCGACAGAGAAUCCCGACAUUCAUCAGGAAAUGAUGGCAGCUGUAGAUGAAGUGCGGAAGACAGGAGAGGCCAUGAGCAAAGCCUCGCGUGAGUUUGCGGAGGACCCUUGCUCGUCUGUCAAGAGGGGUAACAUGGUGCGCUCAGCACGGAACCUCCUGUCUGCUGUCACUCGACUACUGAUUCUUGCUGACAUGGUGGAUGUGCACCGGCUGCUGAAAUCGUUGCGUGUGGUCGAGGAUGACUUGGACAAGGUCAAGAAUGCGUCCAGCCAGUCUGAGUUGAUGGAGUUCUUCCGAAACUUUGGUGUCAACACUGUUGAGCUGAUACAGCAGGCUGCACGCAGGCAGGCGGAGCUGAAGGACUCAAGGUUGCGAGAUGACCUUGCUGCUGCCAGGGCAGUGCUGAAGAAAAAUAGCAUGAUGCUCCUCACAGCCUCUAAGGUCUACAUUCGUCAUCCUGAGCUUUCAGCUGCCAAGGAGAACCGAGAUUUUGUGUUUCGGCAAGUGUGUGAAGCAGUCAACACAAUUGGCGAUGUUGCACAAGGUCGUGCUGGUGCCCUAGUGCCAUCCUAUGAAGGCCCUGGCGAGUUAGCAGCUGCACUGGAUGAUUUUGAUGAGCGUGUUGUGCUGGAUCCACUCACCUACAACGAACUGCGCACGAGGCCAGCUUUGGAAGAGAGGCUGGAGAGUAUUAUUAGUGGAGCUGCCCUCAUGGCUGAUUCAUCAUGCACUCGCGAUGAAAGGCGGGAGCGCAUCGUGGCAGAAUGCAAUGCAGUUAGGCAGGCGCUGCAAGACCUGCUGGCCGAAUACAUGGCAAGUGCAGGCCGCAAGGAGGACUCCCUGGACAAGGCUGUGGAGCAGAUGGGGCGCAAGACGCGGGACUUGCGGCGGCAGCUGCGCAAGGCAGUCGUGGACCACGUGUCGGACUCGUUUCUUGAGACACAGGUGCCUCUCCUAGUGCUAGUGGAGGCAGCACGUGCUGGGGACGAGCGGCAGGUCGAGGAGUAUGCGCGUGUGUUUGCCGAGCAUGCCCACAAGCUGGUUGAAGUGGCCAGCCUGGCCUGCUCCAUGUCAAGCCAUGAGGAUGGUGUGAAGAUGGUGCGAUGUGCAGCGGCCCACAUUGAGGGCCUCUGUCCACAAGUAGUGAAUGCAGCACGUAUCCUUGCAGCACGACCACGAUCUAAAGUUGCGCAGGAGAAUAUGGACGCUUUCCGAGAUGCCUGGGAGACACAAGUGCGUCUGCUUACAGAAGCUGUUGAUGACAUUACCACCAUCGAUGACUUCCUAGCUGUAUCAGAAAACCACAUUCUUGAAGAUGUCAACAAGUGCGUGCUGGCUCUGCAAGAGAAUGAUGCAGAUGCUUUGGACCGCACCGCUGGUGCCAUUCGAGGGCGUUCAGCCCGUGUGUGCAAUGUGGUAACUUCUGAAAUGGACAACUAUGAGCCAGGUAUCUACACAGAAAGAGUACUUGAAGCUGUGGCAGUGCUGAGAGAUCAAGUUAUGCCAAACUUUGCCCAGAAGGUUGAGAUGGCAGUAGAAGCACUGAGUGCCAGUCCCCAGAAAGAGAUAGACGAAAAUGAAUUUAUUGAUGCUUCACGUCUAGUUUAUGAUGGCGUGCGCGAGAUUCGACGUGCAGUGCUGAUGAAUAGGCUUGAUGUUGACUCGGAGGAUGAAAUGGAUGGCUCAGAUCUCUCAGGAAGCUGGGCCUCCCUUGGUUCUCAGAGGAGCAGAGCCUCCAGUGCCCACACUGCAGACUAUGACGAGUAUCCAGACAUCAGUGGUAUCAACAAUACACGGGAUGCUUACCGCCUCGUGUCGGAAGAAGAGAAGCAGAAGAUUGCUGCUCAGGUGGAGACAUUCCGCACAGAGAAGAACAAGUUUGACCGCGAAGUGGCCAAAUGGGAUGACACCGGCAAUGAUAUCAUUGUGCUGGCUAAGCAGAUGUGCAUGAUUAUGAUGGAAAUGACCGAUUUCACAAGGGGUAAAGGGCCCCUGAAAACAACCAUGGACGUCAUCAACGCUGCAAAAAAGAUAUCAGAGUAUGGCACCAAACUGGACAAAUUGGCACGAACCAUUGCUGACCAGUGCCCAGAGUCGAGCACCAAGAAGGAUCUUAUUGCUUAUCUUCAGCGCAUAGCACUUUAUUGUCACCAGCUCAACAUCACCAGUAAAGUGAAAGCUGAUGUGCAGAACAUAUCUGGAAACCUCAUUGUCUCUGGGCUUGACAGUGCCACAUCUCUGAUUCAAGCUGCUAAAAACUUGAUGAAUGCAGUGGUGCUGACAGUGAAAGCUUCAUAUGUAGCAUCUACUAAGUAUCCAAGAAGUGGCGUUGUGAGUUCACCAAUUGUUGUGUGGAAGAUGAAGGCACCUGAAAAGAAGCCUCUGGUUCGCCGGGAGAAGCCUGAAGAAGUGAGAGCUAAAGUACGCAAGGGCUCGCAGAAAAAGAACAUCGCGCCCAUCAAAGCGCUCACAUGAGUCACUACUGCUGUGGCUGUCACUGCUUUCUUGCCUGUUCAAGCGAAGGACGUGCUCUACUUUCUCCUAGCACUUCGUUAGUGGUUUAGAAACAGCUUCAUCUCUGUGUGGAAACGUGGUGGGCCCACUUCUGCAUCUGGUCUUGUAGCAAUCGCACCGAAUACCUUCCUGUACACGUGAGAACUCCUGCUAGUGUCACCGAUUACACACUGUAACCCACUAAUGCUUUU